AUGGCUCCUCCACGGACGUCUCGUGGGAAAGGUCCCAAGCAAAAGCAUGACUCUGGCAGAACUUUGAAGCGCAAGCGUGGCGAGGACGAGAUUACCACCCUCGCCCAAAAAGUCGAGGAGCUCGACCUCAAGACUGCCCUCAAAAACUUCUCCGACUUGCCUCUCUCCGAUCCCACUGCGCGGGGCCUGACUGCUUCACAUUUCAAGACCCUGACCGACAUUCAGUCCCGUGCGAUCAGCCAUGCCCUCAAGGGACGCGACAUCCUCGGUGCCGCCAAAACCGGUAGCGGCAAAACCCUGGCGUUUUUGGUCCCAGUGCUAGAGAAUCUCUACCGCAGGCAAUGGACCGAAUACGAUGGCCUGGGUGCACUUAUCCUCGCUCCCACCCGUGAACUCGCUAUUCAGAUCUUCGAAGUGCUCCGUAAGGUGGGUCGAUACCACGCCUUCUCCGCUGGACUGGUUAUUGGUGGAAAAAGCUUGCGCGAGGAACAAGAACGAUUGGGAAGGAUGAAUAUUUUGGUCUGUACACCAGGACGUAUGCUCCAGCAUCUGGAUCAGACCGCCAUGUUGGAGACCAACAACUUGCAGCUCUUGGUGAUGGACGAGGCGGAUCGAAUUUUGGACAUGGGUUUCCAGAAGACCGUGGAUGCUAUUGUCGACCAUCUUCCCAAGGAGCGCCAAACCAUGCUCUUCAGUGCGACACAGACGAAGAAGGUUGGAGAUUUGGCUCGUCUGAGUCUACAAGACCCCGAGUACGUUGCCGUUCACGAAACCGCCGCCGCCGCGACCCCUUCCACCCUCCAGCAACACUACACCAUCACCCCGCUGGCAACGAAAUUGGAUGUCCUGUGGAGCUUUAUUCGCAGCAACUUGAAGUCUAAGACGGUGGUGUUCCUGUCAUCUGGAAAGCAGGUUCGAUUUGUGUACGAGUCGUUCCGACACCUCCAGCCCGGUAUCCCGUUGAUGCACCUUCACGGCAAGCAAAAACAGGGUGGCCGACUUGACAUUACUACGAAAUUCUCUCAGUCCCAACAUGCAGUUCUCUUUGCGACAGAUGUGGCGGCCCGUGGUCUCGAUUUCCCUGCAGUCGACUGGGUCAUUCAAGUGGAUUGCCCCGAAGAUAGCGACACCUACAUCCACCGAGUCGGACGGACAGCGCGUUACGAACGAGUUGGUCGUGCUGUGCUUUUCUUGGAUCCUAGUGAGGAGAAGGGCAUGCUCAAGCGGCUCGAGCAAAAGAAGGUGCCAAUCGAGAAAAUCAACAUCAAAGCCGCCAAGCAGCAGAGCAUCAAGAACCAGCUGCAAAAUAUGUGUUUCAAGGACCCCGAGCUGAAGUAUCUGGGUCAGAAGGCCUUUAUCUCUUAUGUUAAGUCUAUCUACGUGCAAAAGGAUAAGGAAAUCUUCAACUUGAAGGAAUUGAAGUUGGAGGAUUACGCCGCUAGUCUGGGUCUCCCUGGUGCUCCUCGAAUCAAGUUCAUCAAGGGAGACGACACCAAGGAAAGGAAGAAUGCUUCUUGGAAGAUGGCUCACCUGACUGACUCUGAAGCCGAGUCGGGCGAGGAGGGUGCGGCCAAGAAGGACAAGAAGGAUGAGAAGGAAGUCCGGACCCGCUACGAUCGUAUGUUUGAGCGACGAAACCAGGAUGUGUUGGCUGGUCAUUACUCCAAACUUAUUAAUGACGAUGGCACCAUGAUUGAUUCCGGCGCUAAAACGGCCGCUGGUGAAGAUGCUGACGAGGACGCCGAUUUCCUGUCCGUCAAGCGCGUCUUUGCUAUCGGCGAUGAAAACCUCGGCAAGGCUGAUUCAUCCGAUUCUGAGGCAUCUAGCGACGGCGAGAAGGACACCAAGGUGGUGCAGCUGGAUGGCAAGAACGAGCUCAUUAUUGACUCAAAGCGCCGCGAGAAGCUGCUCAAGUCGAAGAAGAAGCUCCUCAAGUUCAAGGGCAAGGGCACCCGACUUGUCUACGACGACGAGGGCAACGCCCACGAGGUAUACGAGAUGGAGGACGAGGAGGGAUUCAAGGCCCGUGGCGAUGCCGAUACCCAGCGCGAGCGUUUCCUGGCCGAGGAGACCGAGCGCACUCGUCGUGCCGAUCUCGAGGACAAGGAGGUGGCACGCGAGAAGCGUCGCGAGAAGAAGGAGAAGCGCAAGGCCCGCGAGCGUGCCCUUGCCGCUGGAGAAGCAGAGGACGACGAAGAGGGAGGUGUUCCUCAUGGAUUGCCUUUCGUGCCUUUCGAGAUCCCCGGGUCAGACUCUGGGUCCGAGGCGGAGGAGAAGGAAGAGGCAUCUCGACCCAGCAAGAAGCAGCGUGUUACCUUUGCCGAGCCCAACUCCGACAGCGAGGAGGACCCUCGCCAGAAGCGCACAAAGGGCAAGAAGACUGCUGCCCAGCCCCAGAUCGAAACUCUUGCCGACCUGGAGGAACUGGCCAGUGGAUUGUUGGGUUAA